AUGAAAGAAAUAAACAAGCGAGAUGAACGACUACGCAUUCUACAGUUGGACAAACCUCAACAUGGCACCAGUUAUAUAACCAGCAACUAUAGCCAGUAUAGACAAAGACAUAGGAAACCCUCACCAACUAUUAGUGACUCUAGAAGGAGGGAUUCAGACUUCGCUUUCCUUCCUCCCAUAAAACAAGGACGCAGUUUCAAUUUAGUUGAAAUGUUCAGCGGUGAAAAGCAAUCACAGAAGAUGUCCAGACAAAAGACUGAACUUUAUGGUGAUAACUCAGCGCCAUUUUCUAGUAAGACAAAAGUCAGACUCGGUUCUGAGUCUGUGUCUGAGAAAAUUGUGACAGUUGGAAAUCGAGGAUCCGGUUCUUCGUAUGGAGCACACUCUAAAGUCAAACAUGACAGCAACGUCUUUAGAAGACCUAAAUAUAUGCAACUCUAA